UCUCAACCAAUGGGAGCGCGGGGCUGCGCAGGCCAGCCGGGAUCCUGCCACCUCGAUGAGGCGUGGGCGGGGUUUCCUCACUGCUGCAGUCGCUCGCGCCCACCGGCGGGCGAGGCCGGAGGUGGCCGCAUACAAGAGCAGGCCUGGAGCUCACUCUCUGGAGAGGCAGCAGAGGUGGGGGAUCCUGGUCACUGUGACCGCAGUCCUGUUCAGAAGGCUCAUGGAGCCCCAAGCUCGCGGAGCCCUCCUCCUGAGGACUAGCAGGUUGCUUCUAAACCUGUAGUCUAGCCGCCAUGGCACACGGUUUCUCAGUGGGCUUCGACCCACUGGGCCUCAGAGACCUAAGCUCGGGCUCUCUGAGCUCCCUCUCCUCCCGAGGCCAUCUGGGCAGCGAUUCUGGCUCCGCAAUGCGAUACCUGCUGAGAAAGCAACAGCGGCUGCUGAAUGGGCCCCCCCGCGGAAUCCGAGCCUCGUCGCCCAUGGGCCGAGUCAUCCUCAUCAACUCCCCCAUCGAAGCCAACAGUGAUGAGAGUGACAUCAUCCACGCAGUCCGGGUGGAGAAGAGCCCAGCGGGGAGGCUGGGUUUCAGUGUGCGGGGCGGCUCUGAGCACGGCCUGGGCAUCUUCGUCAGCAAGGUGGAGGAGGGGAGCAGUGCAGAGCGGGCUGGCCUGUGUGUGGGGGACAAGAUCACGGAGGUGAACGGGCUGAGCCUGGAGAGCACCACAAUGGGCAGUGCCGUGAAGGUCCUGACAGGCAGCAGCCGCCUGCACAUGAUGGUCAGGCGCAUGGGCCGUGUGCCAGGCAUCAAAUUCUCCAAGGAGAAGACCACAUGGGUGGACGUGGUUAAUCGGCGGCUGGUGGUGGAGAAGGGCAAUUCGACGCCGUCCGACAGCAGUUCAGAGGACAGCGUUCGGCGCAUCGUUCACCUCUACACGACCUCUGACGACUUCUGCCUGGGCUUCAACAUCCGUGGGGGCAAGGAGUUUGGCCUGGGCAUCUAUGUGUCCAAAGUAGACCAUGGUGGGCUGGCCGAAGAGAACGGCAUCAAGGUGGGAGACCAGGUCCUGGCGGCCAACGGUGUCAGGUUCGACAAUAUCAGCCACAGCCAGGCCGUGGAGGUGCUGAAGGGCCAAACACACAUCAUGUUGACCGUCAAGGAGACAGGCCGUUACCCUGCCUACAAGGAGAUGGUUUCUGAGUACUGUUGGCUGAACCGACUGAGCAACGGGGUGCUGCAGCAGCUGUCCCAGGCCUCUGAGAGCAGCUCCAGUGUCUCCUCAUACGCCUCCAGUGUCCCCUACAGCUCUGCUGAGGGCUCCGGCUCCCUGCCCUCAGACCACAUGGAUGUCUGCCUGGGGCCUGAGGAGCCCAGGCUUGGCCCAGGCAGAGGGCGGGCAGACAUGGCCAUGCAGACGGAGCCCGACAUGGGGGGCUGCAUGGAGACCUGGUGCAGUGUGCGGCCCACGGUCAUCCUCAGGGACACGGCCAUCCGCUCCAAUGGACCCUUGCCUGCCUGCCACCUUGACUCUGCACUCUCGGAGUCCCCCAAGACUGCUCUGCUGCUGGCUCUCAGCCGACCUCGGCCCCCCAUCACACGCUCCCAGAGUCACUUGACCUUGUGGGAGGAGAAGAAGCAGCGGAAGAAGGAGAAGUCAGGGUUCCCUGGGGAGAAGGGGGCCCUGCAACGCUCCAAGACGCUGAUGAACCUCUUCUUCAAGGGAGGGCGGCAGGGGCGGCUGGCAGGGGACUGGCACAGAGAGGCCUGGACGCUGGAGAGCGGGAGCCCAGCCAAGGCCCGCCCUCGCCUGGACCUGGAGAAAGCAGGGGGAGUGGGGCCCGUGCAGAAGUUUGUCACCUGGAGACUGAGACGCGACCAGGAGAGGGGGCGAGCCCUGCUCUCCGCCAGGUCCGGGAGUCCCUCCAGCCAGCUGCCCAAUGUGGAUGAGCGAGUGCAGGCCUGGGAGAGCCGACGGCCCCUUAUUCAGGACCUGGCCCGGCGGCUGCUGACUGAUGACGAGGUGCUGGCCAUCACUCGCCACUGCUCCAGGUAUGUGCAUGAGGGUGGCGUGGAGGACCUGGUGAGGCCCCUGCUGGCCAUUUUGGACAGGCCUGCGAAGCUGCUGCUGCUGCGGGACAUCAGGAGUGUGGUGGCUCUCACAGACCUGGGCCGCUUCGACAGCAUGGUGAUGCCUGUGGAGCUGGAAGCUUUUGAGGCCCUCAAGAGCCGGACAGUGCGGCCUACUGCUUUGCGGCCCUCCCGGCAGGACACACCACCCAAGCGUCACCUCAUCACACCUGUGCCUGACAGCCGUGGAGGCUUCUACCUGCUGCCUGCGAACGGCUUCUCAGAGGAGGAAGACGAUGGGGAGCUGAGGGAGCGGCUGGGGGACCUCCAGGUCUCCCUGGGUGCCUCUGCCCCCCGUCACCCUCAUAAAGGAAUCCCCCCUCUCCAAGAUGUGCCAGUGGAUGCCUUCACCCCACACCGAAGCACCUGCACGGUCCCUCCCCAGCCACCCCCUGUUGCUCCUCGGCCCCCAAGGCCCAAUUGGCUGCUGACAGAACCCUUGGCACGGGAGGAUCAGAGCCAGAGCCAGAGCCAGGGCUCAGCCCAGAGCCGUAGCCGCAGCCGGAGUUGCAGCCGCAGCCGCAGCCGCAGCCAGGGCCAAGGCAAGUCCCCUGGACGCAGGCGUUCCCCAUCACCAGCACCUGUCCCCGCCCCCAACAUGACCAACGGACGCGGACGCUACCACAAGCCUCGGAAGGCCAGGCCCCCUCUGCCGCGACCUCUGGAUGGGCAGUCAGCAAAGGCAGGGGGCAGUCAAGGGACCUCUGAGAACAGAACUGGCAGGACAGCCAAGGAGGCAGCUACGAAGUCCCCUAGUUGGGAGCUGAGGACAGUCACACUGUCCAAGAUGAAGCAGUCAUUGGGCAUCAGCAUUUCAGGAGGCAUCGAGUCCAGGGUGCAGCCCAUGGUGAAGAUAGAAAAGAUCUUCCCUGGGGGGGCCGCCUUCCUCUGUGGGGCCCUGCAGGCCGGCUUUGAGCUAGUGGCAGUGGAUGGAGAGACCCUGGAGCAGGUGACUCACCAGCGGGCAGUGGACACCAUCCGCCGGGCUUAUCGAAACAAGGCUCGGGAGCCCAUGGAGCUUGUGGUCAAGGUCCCCAUUCUCAGCUCACUACCCUUACCCUCUGACUCGUCAGACCUCAUGGAUCUGCACCCUCCUGCUGACCAUUCCCCGUCCCACUGAUCCCAGCCCAGUCCCCUCUCCAACCCUCCAGACUCCUGACACUAACCCUGGAUUCUCCUCACCUACCCCGUGACUCUUCUUGCUGACCUCGGAUCCUCCCACUGACCUCAAAUUCUCCUGCUCCCUCCCAGACGCCUCCUAUUAACUUCCUCUGGAGCCAGGAACCUCCCACUCCUGCUUGCCUUGCCGACUCCCAAAGCUCCACACUGGUGGCUGAGAUCUCCCUUUCUUCUUUCCCCAGUUCACUAAGGCUCUGCCCUUUCCAGACAAACUCGGUGUCAAGGACAAGGUGCUACUAAGCAGCCUGUAUCACCCACUCACUGCUCUCAACUUCCCAAGAUAGGAAGGGGAUCAAGAAACUUAAGGUGUGGUGCUUGGGAUUGGUGGGCACUAACGAUGUCCUCUGUGAUUCUCCUAAGCACUGAGGGACAUGGAUUCUCAAGACACACCCUCAGGGGUCACUGCAUCCACCGCCCAGUCCUGAGCAGUGUUCUGUGCAAGGAUGGAAGGCUUUUCUAGUUUCUCAAACUCUGAAGGACCAUUUCAUGUGGUCCACUAGGACCUCAGACUUUCUAUGGGAUCUGUCCUUCCCCCUUUCUCCCCCUGGCCAACACCUAUAUGAGGAAAGAGACAGCAAAUAACAAGGGAGUGGGGUAAAACGAGUUCCAUAAUCUUUAUCCAGCACACUCACUUUUUAAAAACAAAAUUUUUUUUUAAUUUUUUCUUUGGGUUUGUACAAGAAAUUUACAGUGUGAAAAAUAUACAAGUGAAAACGAGGCCAUAAAUCUGGGUGCGGGGAGGGGCCCCUUGGUCACAAACACAAAUAAACAAGACAUUUCUUUCUGA